AUGAGUGAUGAUGAUGAACUAUUAAAAGCAUUAGAAGAGACCAAACAGAAGAGUAGGAUAAAGUUUAAGAAGAAACCAAUUGGUAAUAGAAUACAGAGAAGUAAAUCGAUUCUAGAAAAUGAAGAAGAAACACCAGAAAUACAGUUAAAAUCAUCAACAUCAACUAAAUUUAAAAAGACCGAAAUCAAGAAAAUAGACAUAUCAAAGUAUAAACAAGUGAAAAUAGAGGAGAAUAAUCAUACGGAAAUACGGCAUGUCUCAGAAACUCCAACACCAGAACCACAAGUAGCAUUUUCAGAGUCAAAUUUUGUCCCCAUUGAAUCAAAUAGAGAACCAAAUCAAAGUAAACGAGAGUAUUUAAAUAGUAUAGUGUCUGAGUACACCUCUGAGAGUAAGAAUUAUGAUGAUGGGACAGAAAAACAAGAAUCUACCAACAUGGAACUUGACGAAGACGAUGAUUAUGAAUUAAAUGAUGAAGAUAUGGGAAUACUAAAUCAUACAAUAGAUUUCAAAAACAAGUUUAACUAUGAAAUAGAAUUAGAAGAAGAUGAACAAAAAGAAGAAUCAACAAAACUACCUAAAAUAUUAACAUUGUCUCAACAAAUGAGUCAAAUUCAAUCAGAAAUAAAUGAAUUAAAGAUGAAACAAAAGAUAGAAAUCUCGAGGAAACAACAAAUAGAAACUGAAAUGAAUCAUAUCAAACAAAUCAAGAAUGAAUUACUAUUGAAGUUAAAUGAAUUAGUCAUAUAG